GCCGGUGGCCGCGCCCGGUGGGGAGCACGGCGGGACGCGGAGCGGCCCCGGAGGAUGGGGCUUGCGACGGCAGGCGCAGGGCUGGGGACAGUGUCCCUCUGGGGCAGUCUCCUGCUCGCUGCCGGCCUGGCUCUCGACCCAGCACCGCAAAGCUGCAACUGCACCGAGCCCAUGGACUUCCAGGCUUUCCGGGAGGCUCCACUGCCUGAGAGCUGCUGCCUCAACUUCACCAGCUCCAACAUCACCCAUCUGGACUGGGGUGCACUGGUAGGGGUGCAGGGACUGAGAGAGCUCUACCUCUCGCACUGUGGCAUCAUGGAUAUCAGUAACGCACAGGGAGCUCCUCCUGAGUUGGAGAUCUUGCACUUAAGUCACAACCUGCUGGAAAGUCUCCCUGGGAGCUUUCUGGAAGAUGCCCCUAAUCUGAGGGUCCUUUAUUUGGACAGCAACCAGCUCCAGGAGUUGCCCAAGUCCUUCCUGAAAGCAUCAACCCAGGUCCAGGAGGUUUAUCUGGGUUUCAAUGCUCUGACCUUCCUUCCCACCAGCCUCCUGAAGCCAUCUCUGCUCCAGCUCCAGCUCUCCAACAACAGCUGGGACUGCAACUGUGCUCUCCUGAGCAAUCUGGAGGGCUGGACCAGCCUGGCUGCUGAAGUUAUCUGCCACACACCAGAGCAGUACCACGGUGUGGACCUCCAGAGUAUACCCCGGGAUAAGCUGUGCCACUCACCCAACCUAACUGCCCUCUUCAUCUGCUUGCCUUUCCUCCUCAUCCUUGCCAGCAUCACCUGGUGCUUCUGCAGGCAUAAGAGAAAGACUAACUACAGCUUUCAGAGCAGGUCCCAGAGCCACCUGGCCACAGCAGAGAGGGGCAACAUGCCGGUGCUUGCAGAAUCCCACCACUACGUCCCCUAUGAGCUGCCUGUCACCCCCUCUAAGAGCAAGAAGAAGGUGCUGCUGAGGAGCCAGGUCCUCCUUCAGCCCUCUGCAGACCCACUGGACAGCAGCAAAGACCUCUAUGAGGAGGUGGAGAUCCAGGUGGGAUCCUCCUGCAGUUCCCAGGUACCAACCCAUGAAGUGCAGAGGGGGAUGAGUCUGGGCAGGCAGUGGGGCAACCCAGCACCAAGGGCAGAGGAGCUGGGGAGCAGUGAGCCAGAGGUGGACACUGUCAGUGUGAGUGAAGUCCUGAAGGACUCUGCCAACCGAGAGAAGAUGUACUUGAGUCAGUCAACCAACUAUUACAACCUGGUACCUGGCAUUGAGCUGGAGGACUCAGACAACCUGGAGUAUGAGAGCAUAGACCUGCACUGAUGCCAGGACUGGGUCUGUAUUAGGGACAUGUCAGGAUGGUGCCAAGCCAGAGUGAAAGCUAGCAGAGCAGGAAAGGCACAAACUGUCCUGCUGUGGUUUACAGUGGCUGCUUGCAAAGCUGCACCCCGAAAUUCCUAUCCCUCCCCGUGUGGUACCAUGUGCAUCUCUCACUUGCCAGGUGCUCAGCUGGGCAGAGGUAUGAGUGGACACUGGGGACCCAGCCAGUGUCCAAGGAAGAAUGUGGAGGGGAAGCAAGGCCUGGCUUUAGGAACCAGGGCCACCAUCCUUUCUCAUUGGAAAAAGAUGGCAGCUGGCACAGACCUGCUGCUCCCCAACCCACAGAGCACUGGGUUUCAGGAAUGGGACUAUCUCUGCCUACAUGGUCUGUGGCGUGGGUGUGAGCAGGUGUGCAAG